AUGGAACUCGAUCUAAACGAAGAUGAAAACAAUGAGGGAAAUAUCGAUAAAAUGCUCGACACGUUUCGAAGUUCGUUUUGGCAUGACGAACAUCAAUGGUUCGUUCAAUACGAUUGGAGUUUAGAUGAGUCAAAAGUUUGUUUUUAUACUCUUCCAUAUGCUUUUGACACAUUCUAUCUUGAGUCUUGCAUUCUCUCCAAGUCAACUUCUUCUUUGAAUUCUUAUCGAUCAUCAUAUGAUCAGGUGCGUCAUUUGAUUUGUACUGUCGAUUUUUUCAAAUAUUCAGUACCAUUCAAUAUUCAAUUUUGUAACAUUGAAAAACUUUCGAUACGAUUUCCUAUCAAUGAGCAAUUUUGGUUCAUUAUUCCGACAUGCAGUCGACUUAUAUCACUCGAUAUAUUAUCAUCUCAUCCAGAUGAAUAUUGUAAAAGGCAACUUCAAGCUUUGCUUGAUCGAGCGCCUCAUCUGUCUUCACUAAACAUUCGUGAUUAUUGGUUUAGCUGGCCAUCAGAAAUGAUAGCAUUCAAUAAAAAUAUUGCAUCGAUAUUUCAACUCAAUGUUCUCUUAUCUGAUGUCUCAUACGACAAUGAACAAUGUAUUGCGUUGUGUGAUGCACCUCUCGGCACUCAAUGUGAAGUACUUUCGAUUCGUGUAACAAAUCGAGCAUGUAUACUUGAUCUGAUCAAUGGUAUGAACAAGCUUCGAGUGUUGAAUGUUCAAUGUCAAGAUGAUCAAUCAAUUAAGAAUACAGUAUCCGAUGUAGAUGAACUAAUUAAUUGGUUGAGCGAACAGCAACCAUCCUUAUAUGCAAUAUCAGAAAUUAUUCGUUGGGGAAAAACCAUUCACGUGUGGAUUCGUUGA